UCCAGGGUAACUGCAGCGGUCGGGAGCCCCGCCUCUUCAUGUUCCCCUCGGUCCAGACUCCGACAGCUAUAUCCACAUUGGCCUGGCUCCUGACAGAAGGCUUUUCCAUCCAACAUUCUCAUCAGCAGAAGGCCUCAGAAUCCCCUCAGCACCAUUUGUACAGACCAAGGACCAAAGACUUCUCUUCCACAGUAUUUUUAGUCCCCAGCCAGGAGGAUAUUCCAACAUCAGGAGUGCAACACACUUGAGUCCUGACCAACAUAUACCUGGAAGAAUAAGUCAGAGACUGGGAUUCCCCAGAAUGGAAUUUCUUAGCCUUAGAAAUUAUCUCCUUGGAUAAUCCUAAAUUCAAAAUUUCUCAAGUUUAAGAGUUCUUCAGGCACCAGUCUUAUAGAAAGAAUAUUUCCUCUGCAUUUCGCCCCCUGAAGAAGGAAGAGGACUCCCAGUAGUUGCUGGAACCACCCAGUAGAGGCAAGCAGCACCUCAACCAGAUUAGGUUAUUAGAAAGUGUAGGGAGCACGAAAAGCAGACACCAUGUCAUGCUAUGGGAGAUAUGGAGGAGAGACCAAAGUAUAUGUUGGCAACCUGGAAACUGGUGCUGGCAAAGGAGAAUUAGAAAGAGCUUUUAGUUAUUAUGGUCCCUUAAGAACUGUAUGGAUUGCCAGAAAUCCUCCAGGAUUUGCCUUUGUGGAGUUUGAAGACCCAAGAGAUGCAGAAGAUGCAGUCCAAGGACUAGAUGGAAAGGUGAUUUGUGGUUCCCGUGUAAGAGUUGAAUUGUCAACAGGCCUGCCACGAAGAUCUCGGUAUGAUAGACCACCUGCACGCUGUCCAUUUGAUCCUAAUGACAGAUGUUAUGAGUGUGGCGAGAAAGGUCAUUAUGCUUAUGAUUGUCACCGCUACAGCCGGCGAAGGAGAAGCAGGUCACGAUCUAGAUCUCAUUCAAGAUCCCGAGGAAGGAGAUACUCUCGCUCACGAAGCAGGAGCCGUGGAAGGAGGUCAAGAUCUGCAUCUCCUCGGAGACCAAGAUCCACAUCUCUACGUAGAUCUAGAUCUCCUUCAAUCCAGUCUCGAUCAGGUUCUUUAAAAAGGUCAAGAUCAUCCCAUUCAAGAUCUCGAUCCAGAUCCAGGUCUCUUUCAAGACCUAGAAGCAGCCAAUCAAAGUCUAAAUCACCAUCUCCAAAGAGAAGCCACUCACCUUCUGGAAGUCCUCACAGGAGUGCAAGUCCUGAAAGAAUGGACUAAAAUGAAAAAAAAAAUCGUCUUAGAAAAAAAGUUAUUUUGUUUCAUCAUAAGAGAUUUUCUGAUGUCUGUUCAUUGUAAAUGAAACCUAAAAGGGUAUUUGAAUCAUCUAAUAAGAAUGGAUCUGGAUAUUUUAAGAGCUUUGUAAACCCACAUCAACAAAGUAGUAUUAAUCGUACACACACAUAUACAUACACACAUCCUUUGAUCUGAAGAUGUAGGGAUUUUCCUUUUGGCACAUUAAGAAUAAAAAUGUGU